UCGGCAGAUCGAUACGGGACUUUUCACGAUGGCCAAUCCGCGGAAUCAAAUUCGGCGCAGGAAAAAAGGUUAUUUGGAAUGUGACCUGUGUCACAUCCAAGUAUCGCUGGAGAUCGAGCUCAAAAAUCACCUCGAGAAUGAUCACCAGAUCAUGGAGGUUGAGGUUGAUGGGAUGCCGUCUCCGGGCCUGGCACCACCUCUGCAAAUGCCGCAUCCGAGCCUGGCCUAUCCGCGGAAUGACAUUCGUCGUAGGAAAAAAGGUUAUUUGGAAUGUGGCGUAUGUCACAUCCAAGUAUCGCACGAGAUCGAGCUCAAAAAUCACCUCAGGAAUGAUCACCAGAUCAUGGAGGUUGAGGUUGGUCGGAUGCCGUCUCCGGGUUUGGGACCUCAGCACAUGCCGCAUCCGAGCCUGGCCUAUCCGCGGAAAGACAUUCGUCGUAGAAAAAAAGAGAUCGAGCUCAAACAUCACCUCGAGAAUGAUCACCAGAUCAGGGAGGUUGAGGUUGGUGGGAUGCCGUCUCCGGGUCUGGCACCUCAGCACAAGCCGCAUCCGGCAACCUUGCUGCCCUCAAACUUGCCACCGGACGUCAACUUGGACUCAUUUUUUCAAGGAUUUCAAUCCGGUUACGGUAUGCGAGAAAAAGAAGAGGAACAACAGAUUGUCAAACGGCUGAAGAACAUAACCUGUACCAGCACUCAAACAGAACCUUUGGAGUGGAACAACAUCAGAUCUUGUUCGAGAUCCCCGAUCGAACCCAUGUUGCGAGUUCCAGCGGAACCGGCAACACCGAUUGACGUUCCAGCGGAACCGGCAGCACCGACCGACGGUCCAGCUCAACCGGCAACACCGACCGACGGUCCAGCAGAACCGGCAACACCGACCGACGGUCCAGCAGAACCGGCAACAUCGAUUGACGUUCCAGCGGAACCGGCAACACCGGUCGAUGGCCCAGUGGAACCGGCAACACCGAUUGACGGUCCAGCGGAACCGGCAACACCGAUUGACGGUCCAGCGGAACCGGCAACACCGGCCCGGUCGCCGGAGUCUCAGCGUCCUGCCCUGCUGCGGUGCGAGCUGUGUAGCGAGGACAAGUUCUUUCUACGACGGGCGGAUCUGAAAAUGCAUAUUCUGUGGCACAACAAGGAGAAGCCGUUCCAGUGCAAGGACUGCAGCAAGGAAUUCUACUCAACAGGUGCCCUCAAACGGCACGCGGUAGUCCACAGUGGUGAAAAGCGGAGUACGUGUAUCCUGUGCAAGCGAUCAUUCACGCAAAGAAGUUCGCUGAAGACGCACAUCCAUUCUUGCCACGUGGCCAGGGCAGAGCCACCGAUCAAGUGUCCGUGCUGUGAGUGCGUUCAUAGCAGCCGCGAAGCAUUUUUCGAGCACCUCGUAGGUCACCACUCCACCGUGCCACGGCAGUUGAAUUACAACAAGAGUGGAUAGCGAGUUUAUUUUACGAUCGCGGAAAAAAUCACGUUUUUAUUAUAUAUUUGAUAACGAUAAUACCAGAAUAAUCAAAUUAUAAGCACA